AUGCCUAAGCUUCAACCCUAUCCGCAGGCCUAUGCGAUGGACACAAGUCCUGGUGCUGCUGUGUAUGCUAGCGAGUUUGGGGUCAAGAACGUCGUUGUGUACAGUGGUGUCGAUUAUCUCAGACAGUGCACUCACAUCGAGGCUAUCCUGUCUCUCCAAGAUGCUGACGGUGGAUUCGCGGUACGUUACGGCUCGGAGGAAGAAGCCCAGAGGGCUCUCACUGUCCACCAUUCCCGCCAUGGAAUAUAUGAGGUAGUCGAUAUCACCAUGCCUGAUGUGAACGCUGCAGCGCGUGGCGAGAUCACCAACGAGAGGCUCAAGAAGCUCAAAGCCCGCCUUAUCGAUGGCCCUGCGCCCGCACUUAUCCCAAUCGAUCCGCCCAACCUUACGCCUUAUACUGACACCGCCUCUCUCCUCACCCACUUGGCCCCGCCUUCCCCAUUCUCCAUGCCUUCAACUCCCUCGAAGGCUAGUGGCAACUCAAACUCGAUUGCCGCCCGCUUCGAACAAGCCGGUACACCCCGCUCGCGUCGGUCGCCCAACCUCAGUGCGCUCGCAAAGCUCCCCGGCUCCCCAAUUAGGCUCACGAGUGGGCCAGACUGCUAUUGUCUGACACCUGCUGCCGUCGCGAGCGCCGAUGGGAGAAGGAAGGGCUUGCAGUACACUGAUAACUGGCGCCCUCCCACAGACUGGUCUCCGACGCCACUAACACCUCCCUCCGACGCUUCGCCCAACUGGAUGCCGCGCAACGGUCCCGGUGAAGGACCCUGGCAUUUGGUGAGGGUUGGCAGGACGCCUGGCAUCUAUGCGAGCCUCGAAGAUGCGCAUAACGCGAACCGCAGCGGCGGCGGCUACUUCAGGUCCUCGGAGUUUGAUUCCUUCGAACUCGCUGUUGCGGACUGGGUCAGCCGCUGCAAGACUGCAGGUUUCGCCAUUAUCACCGACCAUGCACACUAG